AGAGGAAAAAACCCCACGUCGACUAGAUUGCAUCGAAAAUUACAACACAGCGAGCGCGGAGAUGAUCCGCCGCCGCCACCGCCCCACCUCGCCGGCGCCGCCGCUGGACAACGACGACCUCCUCUCCGAGAUCCUCCUCCGCCUCCCGCCGCUGCCAUCCUCCCUCCCCCGCGCCUCCCUCGUCUGCACCCGCUGGCGCCGCCUCGUCUCCGACCGCGGCUUCCUCCGCCGCUUCCGCGCCCGCCACCGCAAGCCUCCCCUCCUCGGCGUCAUCCAGGUCUGCGCCUACCCCAUCUUCGCCCCCGCGCUGGACCCGCCGGACCGGAUCCCCGCCGCGCGCUUCUCCUGGCGGCUCGACAACCGCCACGACCUCAACGACUUGCUGGGAGUCCGCCACGGCCGCGCCCUUGUCCACGUCAACACCUGCCGCUAUUCUCAGCGCAGGCUCAUCGUGUGGGACCCCGUCGCCGGCGACCGCCGCGCCGUGGCUAUUCCCGGCGGGUUCCGUGACAGGGGGGUGGUCGUCCGCGCCGGGGAGGUGCGCUGCGUCGCCGGCGACGGCGACCCGGGCCACGUGCACGGCGGCUGCCAUUCGAGUCCCUUUGAGGUUGUCAUACUAGGCACUAAUAAGAAUCGGACACACGCGUUCGCUUGUGUUUACUCAUCGGAGACCGGCAUCUGGGGCAAUGUCAUCUCAGCCGCAGUUAAUUUUGGGGAUUGCAUAUGCAAUUUUACUACCUUGGUUGGGAAUUCCCUUUACUGUUUGCUCCUAGGUGAGCAGAGGACCAGCUUCUUUCAGUUCGAUUUGGAUAAACAGAUAACAGCUCAGAUCGAUGUUCCACCCGAUAUGCAUCCUGAUGGGAAUGGCCACCACAGAUUUGGGGAUACAAUCUGCAGAUUUGCGCCUGCAGAGAACGGCGGGCUUCUUUUCCUUGUUGUCACACAUUAUACUCUCAAUGUAUGGAAGAGUGAGACCAAUGCUGAUGGUGUCGCUGGAUGGGUGCUGGAGAAAACUAUUGAACUGGACAGGCUCCUUUCUUUGGAACCAGGGCCUCAGAAAACGGCACCGAUGCUUCUGGGCUUCUCUGAGGAACAUAAUGUGGCUUUUGUGUGCACGUAUAUUGGUGUCUCCAUGAUCCAUCUGGAGUCAAAGGAAUUUAAGAGUGUUUCCCAAAGAAUGAGUCUAAUCUAUCAUCCAUUCACUAGUUUUUAUACUAAAGAACUGUCGCCCCACUGAUGGAUGAUCAUGUAAUUUGACCAUGGAGAUCACAAGAGCGCCAUUCCUGGUGAUUUUCGUGAGUUUUAAGAUGGCUAACUAUAUUUCCCAAGUAUUACCAAGUCGGAUAUGAUAUUCGUUGUCAGUCCUAGCAGGUUUUGUACGGUCACAUGUUCCUAAUACUUGGAUCGAUAUAAUUUAGCGACAAUAAUGUAAAUCAUGUUCAAGUGCUGCAUAGAUACCUUCAUCUGCAAUUCGGUAUUGUCGCCUGUGUCUGGAAUUGUGAUGUCACAUAAUAGCAGUCAUUAUUCUUGCUCCUGUGAA